AUGUCAACCAUUAAGGAUCUGCUAAAACAGGCAAAGACAGAAUUGGCAAGGGAAGACUACCAAAGUGCAAUCGAACUUUCCAAAAAGGUUCUGUCGCUGGAGAAGGAGAAUUAUUUUGCAUAUGUUUUCCUUGGAAAAUCGUAUUCCUGUCUGCCAGGCAAGGCAAAGGAAUCAAUCGCGAAUUACAAGCUAGCCAUCCAGUACGAUUCCUCAAAUCUUCUGGCUUGGAAGGGCUUAUUUCUGCUUUUAAAAUCACUGGACGUCCCAGAGGUCUUGUCUUAUGACGACUUCUUUGCAUUAUGCGGAGAAUACGCAGAUGUGCUUCUUGAACAACAGUUGUCUCAAGUAGAUUUGAUACAUGAUAUAAGACUGUUCAGAAAAAAAUAUCCCGAUUGUGAAGAGUCUUUUUUGAUGCAUAUGGUUCCCGGUACAAAGAUGGCAGAACUGCUUGCUCGUCAUCUUAUUAGCCCGCAGGAUGCUUUGUCAAAGUUGAUCAAUCUAGUAAAUAAAAAAGAGGAGUCGAAGAUCUCAAAGUUGGUAAGUCGAGAAAGGCUAAAGCUCAGCGUUCAAGAUCCUUCGUACCAGACUAAAAUCAAUGCAUUGGCCUGGGGGAUAUAUGAGGGGUCCAAUCUGGAUCAAUUAUAUAAUCAGUUGAUUAAUAUUACAGAUGUUGAUGAAGCAAGGUCCGAUUUGGAAACGCAAUGGCUUGAGUAUAGAAUCAAAAUCCUAAAAUCAAUGCCUAAGGACAUUAAAGUAUUUUUUUUUAAAAAAGUGAAAAGCAUGGUUGAGGACAUGGUGCUAGUGGAUCAUAAGUCACUGAUGUCAUGGAAGCUUUAUUUUGAGUGGCAGGACUAUGAAGAUUUAAACACCAUUGAUCAAGAGAUGGUAUUAAAGUUUUUCAAAAAGUUUCCAACUGAGCCUCUAAGUGUCAUAUUAUAUGCGUGGUUGUCAUCUGAUUUAUCGAAGUACGAUUUUAAGAAGCUCGCCUCUCAAAUGGGGCAAAAAGCACAUUUAGAUGAAGAUAAUGUAGUUCCAGAUAUGGAUGAGAUUGAGCAGGAUGCUUUGAAUGAUAUGACAGAAAAGGAAAAUGAAAAUCCUACUUUACUAGAAAGUGACGUGAUCACAGCAAUGAAUGAUAAUAUUUCUAAAGCUAAAAAUAGCAUUCUAGCCCACCGCAUUAUUUCCCAAUAUUUUUUACUUUCAAGAGAGUAUGAGGCCGCUUUCCCUUAUGUAAAGCAUGGCAUCUCAUUAGUUGCAAUCAGUAUGCGUGAUCUAGGGGCAGAUCUUCAAGAAUCGAAAAAGACUUUCACAUUAGAUUUGGCCAUGAUAUAUACGUAUAUCGAUGCUCCAAAAAAUCACACAGCUGCCUUAAGCUUGUUUGAAAAGAUACUGGCAGAUGAUCCAAACAAUUCACAUGCAAAGCUGGGAAAGGGCUUGAUCUACAUGGAAAGAAACGACUGGGUGAAAGCACACACACUACUCGUAGAGGUAGUAUCGCAAUUUCCCAAUGAUAUGGUAGUCCUUUCCGAAUUUGCAUGGAAUCAGGCGCAACUCGGUUGUUUAGACGAUGCUAUAGAUAUUUUUACAAAAGUGCUUGGCUCAAUAGAAGGUGUUGAUCUCCGUAGCUGCGAAUUCAGAGCCCUUAACCUAUGGAGACAAGCUAAGGUGUACCUCAUGAAGCAGGAAAAAGAGAUUCCGGAGAAUCAAAGCUACGUCAAGAUUGCAUUCAAGCAAUUGAUUCUUUCCAUCCGUGUUUUAGAUACAUACGCACCCAGCUACUCGACCCUAGGGGACAUAUACUCCGCUUAUUACUUGGAUAAUUUGAGAGCAUUCAAGUGUUAUUAUAAAUCGUUUGAAUUAGACGCUGCAGAUAUCGUCGCUGCAAAAUUCAUGGCAUCUUAUUAUGCUGAAAUGUGCAAUUGGAAGGCAGCUAGCCUUGUAGCGGAGCGACUUGUGAAAUCUGAGAAGGCAAAAAGGAAACUGAAGGAGGUGAAUUGGGCGUAUAAAGUAGUAGGUAUGUUUUAUCUGGAGAGUCAACAAGAGGCCGAUUCAAUUGAAUGGUUUCAAUCUUCUCUGCGUGUGAAUUCAAAAGAUAUAGAAUCAUGGAUUGGUCUAGGUCAAGCCUACUAUGCAUGUGGACGUAUUGAAGCUUCCAUUAAGGUAUUUGAUCGGGCGUUAGAGCUGGAUCCACAACAUCUAUAUUGUUUGAAUCUUAAAGCGCAGUCUCUUUCCUUUAUGGGAGAAUUUGAGCAAUGCUUAAAAAUACUGCGUGAAAUAACGACUGCCUCCCCCAAAGAAGAAUUCUUUCAAGCCACCUUUUCUGAGGUUUUGGUGAAGUAUGCGAUGGAUUUAUAUUCCCAAGGCCUUUUGACGAAAGCAAUUGUGACGGCUAAAAAGAGCAUUGCUGUUCUAUCCUAUAUGGCAACAGAAUUAUUUUGCCAUGGGCACAAAUUUUGGGUUUCGCUCUCGGAAGCUCUAGAACUUUUCACAUUGGUGCAAUCUAAAAUUGAUGAUCUUCCAAUUGAAGAUUUUGUCACGAUCUUCCGAUCUGCAUCUACCAUUCAAGAAACAAAAGAGCUGGAUGAACUCGAUAACGUUACGAUUGAAGAUUUACUGUCUACCGAUGAGGAUAGUAACAUUGAAAUCACUUGUAAAUUAUUGGUAUUAUCAGCCAAAUACUCAAUUGCCACGACGAACUUUGAUGAGUUAACAAGAACCGUCCGCUCUUCAUUGUGGCACAACGUCGGAUCAGCCGAAUUGCAUGCUUACCAUAUCAUAAAAGAUGUGAAGUACAGAAAAGCUGCUAUUGAGUGCUUCAAAAGAUCCAUUCACUAUCAGUCUAAUAUGUGUGAGUCUUGGGUUGGUCUUGGUAUCUCAACUAUGGAUGUAUCUUUUAAAGUUGCGCAACAUUGUUUCAUAAAGGCUUUGACACUAAACCCAAAGGAUGUCAAUAUUUGGCUUAAUCUUGCCAUGCUAGGGCUGAAAAAUGGUGAUCUCGAAUUCACACAGGAAGUAUUGACAAGAUCCCAAAGUUUAGCACCGCAAGAGUCGUCUCCAUGGUUGGUAAUCGCUUUGACAUAUGAGAAACAGGGUAAGCUUUUGGAAAGCCACCGUAAAUUUGCUCAUGCCUUCGUGUUAUCAAACGGCAGAUCAAGAAUUGCCCAAUUGUUGUACGCAAAAAGUAUUUUGCAGCAACGUAUCGGUAAAGGGGGAGAUGAAAGAGACCUGGGACUAGUCGAAGAACUCACAGCAGCUGCUUAUGGAUUAGAUGAAUACUUCAAAAAGACGCCGAAUGAUCCCUUUGCCCUACAGUGUGCUUUAAUAAUUCUGGAGAGGCUUCACAAUUAUUCCUCUGCACACAAGGUAGCAUCCAACUUGGUUCAAUGCUUAGAAGUACGAUUUGAAAAAUCUCAAAAAAACUCGGAGCUUUUCAACUAUGCAGUUGUUAAAAGCCAACUUGGACGAAUUCAGUUGGGACUUGGAAAUUACACAUCCGCAAUCGAGGAUGCAGAAUUAUCUCAAAGUAUAUUAUUAGAUUUUUCAUCAGAAAGUGCCAAUAGCUCACGCAUAUCCAACAAUUUAGUAUUGAGCUUAGCAUAUUUUCAUCUCAACGACUUUGACAAAACUUUGGAGUUUUUAGAGGAGCUUUUGAAAACCUCAAAAAAUACCAGAUCUUUGAUAAUAUUGAUAGCAAAGAUUCUUUACACAGUUGGAUCUGAGGAUGCAAAGGAAAUUGCUUUGCAGGAACUGGUGGAGUAUAUUUCUGUUAAUGGCCCAGACCUAAUGGUAAAUUUGACCAUUGCGGCCAUUGAUAUCAUUGAAAACAGAAAAGAUGAAAUGGGCGCUAUUUUAAAAGAGUUACGUAUACUACCGCUAGAGGAUCUCAUUUCUGAUAGACAUAAAGACAUUCCUUAUCUAAUUGAAAUGAUCAGGAUGCGUUUGGAAAUGCACAACGACAUUAAUUCAACGUGGCAGAAGUCUGCAUUUUUCUUCAUGAAUGAUUGUAAAGUUUGGAAAAAUAUUGAUUCAAGAAUUGAAGCACGCGUUUCAUGUGAAGGUCAAAAUAAGGUCACUGCUUCACAGCUUAGCGACUCUUUUUGCUCCUUGGGAAACCUCAAAAAUAUCCAACGAAGCAUAUUUUUGUCGCCUACGAAUAAAGGAGCGAUUUCUGCCCUGAGGGAAUGCUUUUAG